AUGCAUCCUUACACAGUAUCUCGUCGACACUCCUCCCCAAACCAACCACCGAGUACAAAUACCGUGCACCCAAAGAAUAUAGACGCAGACAACAAAUCAACCACAUUACUGACAGAAAUCGUCCAUGGAAGGAUCAGAGUAUACAAGCAUUUGCCAAACAGUACGACUCUGAUUUGGGAUUGGAUUCCAUCGACUGGACUAUCAUUCUUUGAGAAAAUACUGCCGAGACGUUUGGCAGCUUAUUUGAGGGCCUUGUUUCUUCCCGUUGGAUAUCCUGAAUCUGUGCAUCCUACCUAUGCUAAAGUUCACUUUUGGCAGUUUCUCGAGACAUACGUCGGUAGCAUGGUCGGUGUCCUUUGCACUGAAGCCAUGUUGACCUCAUUAGGUGUCGAAGCAUCAGCUGCAGCGGGCGGUGCAGUUGCUAUAGAAUGGGUGCUGAAGGACGGAUUUGGUGAAAUCGGAAAGCUGUUUUUCAUUCAACGCUUUGCCAAAUCGUUUGAUUCACAUCCGAAGAGCUGGAAGAUAGUGGGCGAAGCUUCCUCGCUGUUUGGAUCAUUCGUACAGCUUCUGACGGUUGUUGCUCCAGCAUCGGCAUUUCUACCACUUGCUUCAUUCGGAUAUGCUUGUCGCUCAAUACAUUUCUCGAUCUGGGCUGCAACACAUAUGACAUUCACUCGAAACUUUGCUUUACAAGGGAAUGUUGGCGAUCUUGUAGCUAAAGACGACAGUCAAAUGACGGUUGCUGAUCUGUUUGGGUUGGUGUCUGGCGUAGGCCUGAUAUCGCUCCCAUACAGUACGACUGCUUUAUUCAUCAUGUUUUUUAUCUUGGGAUCUCUGCAUUACUUUUCCACGUUGAGGCUUGUGUGGGAAGCCCAAUUCGAGGUGCUUAACGGCUCGAAGCUCGUCUUAAUUUCGGAUACAUUUCUGCGUACAAAUCGGGUGCCGUCUAUGAAGGAGCUAAAGCCUCGAGAAAGUUGGUUUGGGGAGUCAAUACGGUUGGGUGAGAAAGUGCCGACUGUUGUCUUGGGAGAUGCGGUUCGGAAAGCUUUUGAUAGCGUUGCUCAAGUGCAACUCGCAUUAGAUCUGUUGAGAAAAGAGAAUUACCUAAUAUCAAGGAAAUCAGACGGCAGGAUCUGUGUGGUCUUUCAUACCGACGCAACUGAAAUGGACGUCAUCAAAGCAGUGCUGAACUCGAUCCGGUUUCAACACGAUCUCUCAGUGAACGCAUCUCGUGAGCCCAACCAAAUGAUGUUCAGCUCAUUCCACGACAGAAUAGCUUUAAAAUCGUCUCACGAAUGGACGGAAGCCAAUUUUCCCAAAUUCGUGACUGAACUUGCCGACAAAGACUGGCAGUCUGAUGCCGUAUUUUGGGGUGAUUCUGGGUAUAGAGUCGAUUGGACUCGACCCUUCCCGGAAUCUGAUCAAGUGGUGCCGCCUUUACCGUGUCUCGAUGUUCGUGUUAUAAAUACUCGAUCGCUUGUAUAG